GCAGGGAACCGGGAACAGUGAGACCGAGCAGAGACGGCCCCACCCGGUGACUGCUGGGCUCACGGUGUGGGUGGUGAAGCUGUGGAAUAUGGGCUCGUGGCUCCUGGACCUAAUUUACCAUGAGCCGGGUUGUUUUACUUAGACAGAUUGGACUGUGCGCUGUGAGCGCGCGAAGAAGCUGUGCGGACACCUUUGAAGGCAUCUUCUGUGAAGCCCCAACAUACCCUCACCGGAGGAGACGACCCGCACCGGGAGCCGGGCCGGGACAGCAUGGCUGCUGCUCAGGGACCGUUGACCUUCAGGGAUGUGGCCAUAGAUUUCUCUCAGGAGGAGUGGGAAUGCCUGGACCCAGCUCAGCGGACACUGUACAUGGAUGUGAUGUUGGAGAACUACAGCAACCUGGUCUCCCUGGCUGUGUCAUCUGAAAACAACCAGGCCUUUUUGGGAAAGCCAGGAUUACAGGAUUUAUUCUCUGAAAUAAUAUCGAGAUCAUAUAAUGGAGACAGAAGUCAUGAAUGGCGUGAACACUGGAAAAGCUUUGAGCAAGAGUCAAAUCCUAAUAAUUAUCAGAUAAGUCAUCUUGCAGAGAACCAUUAUAAAAGUGGGGAAAUCUUAGACCAAAUGUUAAAUCACAAUAUAUGUCAGGUUAUCCAUAUUGUGGAGAAGACAGACAAAAGAAGUAAAUGUGUCAAAUCUUCUAAGAAAUCUUCAAAUUGCACUGAACAAGAGAAUAUUCAUACUGUGGUGGAGGCUUACAAAUGGAAUCCAUGUGGUAGAGUCUUCAGUCAAAUAUUCAAUCUAAAUAGGCUGAAAAAAAUCCAUACUGGAGAAAAAACUCAUAAGUGUAAAGAUGGUGGUCAAACACCAAAUUGGCUUUUAGGUUAUACUCUAAAUCAUAGAACUAAUACUGUAGAGAAGCCUUACAAAUGUAGAGCAUGUGGCAAAACCUUUAAAUGGCAUUCAUGCCGUAUUGUACAUGAGAGAAUAAUUCAUACAAGGGAAAUACUUUACAAAUGCAGGGAACAUGGAAAAUGCUUUAGUCAGUCCUCAAAACAUACUCAACGUCAGAGAAUUCAUACUGGAGAGAAGUCUUAUAAAUGUUCAGAAUGUGGCAAAGCCUUUAGCUGCCAUUCAAAACUGACUCGACAUCAGCGAGUGCAUACUGGAGAGAAACCAUACAAGUGUAGAGAAUGUGGCAAAGCCCUUAGCUCGUCCUCAGCCCUUACUACUCAUCAGAGAAUUCAUACUGGAGAGAAACCGUACCAAUGUAGAGAAUGUGGCAAAGCCUUUAGCUGCCAUUCAAGAUUUACUCAACAUCAGCGAGUUCAUACUGGAGAGAAACCAUUUAAAUGUAGAAAAUGUGGAAAAGUCUUUAGCUGGUCCUCAACUCUAACUACUCAUCAGAGAAUUCAUACUGGAGAGAAACGUUAUAAAUGUAGAGAAUGUGGCAAAACCUUUGUCAGCCAUUCAGAUCUUGCUAAACAUCGACGUGUUCAUACUGGAGAGAAACCAUACAAAUGUAGAGAAUGUGGCAAAGCCUUUAGCUUCCAUUCAAAAUUGACUCGUCAUCAGCGGGUUCAUACUGGAGAGAAACCAUACAAGUGUAAAGAAUGUGGUAAAGCCUUUAGAUGGUCCUCAGCCCUUACUAGUCAUCAGAGAGUUCACACAGGAGAGAAACCAUACCAAUGUAGAAAAUGUGGCAAAGCUUUUAGCUGCCAUUCAAGAUUUACUCAACAUCAGCGAGUUCAUACUGGAGAGAAACCAUACAAAUGUAGAGAAUGUGGAAAAGCUUUUAGCUGGUCCUCAACGCUUACUACUCAUCAGAGAGUUCAUACUGGAGAGAAAAGUUAUAAAUGUAGAGAAUGUGGCAAAACCUUCAUCAGCCAUUCAAAUCUUACUAAACAUCAAAGUGUUCAUACUGGAGAGAAACCAUACAAAUGUAGAGAAUGUGGCAAAGCCUUUAGCCAGUCCUCACACCUUACAGGCCAUCGGAGAACUCAUACUGGAGAGAAGCCUCAUGAGUGUAGAGAGUGUGGCAAAGCCUUUAGCACGUCCUCCACCCUUACGGCACAUCAGAGAGUUCAUACUGGAGAGAAGCCUUAUAAAUGUAGAGAAUGUGGCAAAGCCUUUAGCCACUCCUCAGCCCUUACUUGCCAUCAGAGAGUUCAUACUGGAGAGAAGCCUUAUAAAUGUAAAGAAUGUGGCAAAGCCUUCUGUCAGUCUUCAAAGCUUACUGUCCAUCAAAGAAUUCAUACUGGAGAGAAGCCUUAUAAAUGUAGAGAAUGUGGCAAAGCCUUCAGGAAGUCCACAACCCUUACUGACCAUCAGAUAAUUCAUACUACUGGAGAGAAGCCUUAUAAAUGUAGAGAGUGUGGCAAAGCCUUUAGCCAUUCCUCAACCCUUACUGCACAUCAGAGAGCUCAUACUGGAGAGAAGCCUUAAAAAUGUAGUGACAUAGCCUUUAACCAGUGUUCCUGCCUUACUGUACAGCAGAGGGUUCAUACUUGAGAGAAAUCUUACAGAUGGGAGGAGUGCUGAAAGUCCUCUACCAGCACUGAGGACUUAACAUCACAUAAUUCAUACUGGGAAGAAGCCUGAAAAAUGUGGAAAAACCUUUAAAAACCAUUCAUGUAGCAAGGAGCCUUGAACUGACACUACUCUCUUCUGCAGUUGCAUGCACUACACAACAGCUUAAAGGUCAGGAGUAAAUGCAAGUUCCUGACAUGACUUCAGCUGCUGUAAGCAAGUCUCCCUUGCUUCUCAGGGCUUUCACCAUGCAUAGCCCUUAAUAAGAUCUUUGCAUACCUUACCAAAUCUUGUUUUUGGUUAAAUUUGAACAAUCUAAACUCCGCUCCAAAAUUCCCAGGCACUGCACUCGUGUAAUUUACUAAAAGCACAUUUCCUGCAUCCUACUACUCUCUGCCCCAUCUUGUUUUCAUUCUCUCUACAAAAAGUCAAUGGGAAAAAUAUCCUCUGGUGAGGAUCAACAAAAAGAGAGAGAGAAAAUAGAAUUGGUCCUCCCUCAUCAAAAUUAAUACUUUGUGCACUGAAGGAAACUAUCACAUAAGUGAAAAGAGUCUACCAAAUGGAAGAAAAUAUUUUAAAAUCACAAGGGUGUAGUUUCCAUAAUACUUGACAAAUUCCUACAAUAUCACAACAAAAUACAACCCCCCAAAAAAGGUGGUCACAGCACUUUAAUAGACAUUUCUACAAAUGGCCAAACACCAAAUAAAAAAUGUUCAAGGAAA